GCUAGAGCGUCCUCCCCCAGCUCCUAUGCCCGAUGGCCCGGGCGGCUAGAGCGUCAUCCCCAACCCCUAUGUUCGGCGGUCCUGGCGGCUAGAGCGUCCUCCCCCGACACCCAGCUCGCAUGCUCGGCGGUCCUGGCGGCUAGAGCGCCCUCCCCACAGCGUAUGCUCGACGGUCUUGGCGGCUAGAGCGUCCUCCCCCAGCGCGUAUGCUCGGCGGUCCGGGCAGCUAGAGCGUCCCUCCUACUGGGAGCCGCGUGUGACCUUCUCGCUUGCGGAGCGAUGCUGCCGGCGGCCGCAAGCCUCCUAUGGGGGCCGUGUCUUAGGCUUCGAGCCGCCGCCCUCCGCCUCGCCAGGCAACAGGUACCUCGUGUCUGCUCCGUGCGCCUGAUGAGAUGCAGCAGCCAUCGAGGGGGGGAGGCCCUUGCUGGUGCCCCCCUGGAUAACACCCCCAAGGAGUACCCCCCCAAGAUCCAGCAGCUGGUCCAGGACAUUGCCAGCCUCACGCUGCUGGAGAUCUCAGACCUCAACGAGCUCCUGAAGAAAACGUUGAAGAUCCAGGAUGUGGGGUUCAUGCCGAUGGGUGGCGUGGUGCCUGGUGCUGCCCCUGCCGCAGCAGCCCCCGAGGCAGCAGAAGAAGACAUCCCCAAACCAAAAGAACAGACGCAUUUCACCGUCCGCCUGACAGAGGCAAAACCUGUGGACAAGGUGAAGCUGAUCAAGGAAAUCAAGAACUUCGUCCAGGGCAUCAACCUCGUCCAGGCAAAGAAGCUGGUGGAAUCCCUGCCUCAGGAAAUCAAAGCCAAUGUGGCCAAGGCCGAGGCCGAGAAGAUCAAGGCGGCCCUAGAGGCGGUGGGCGGCACCGUGGUUCUGGAGUAGCCGCCCAGAGGACUGUGGACAGGGGUCCCGGGCCCCGAGGGGGGCUCUACCUGCUCCUCGCGAAGCACCCAGGCUCAGCGGACAGAGUGGCCUCGGAGCAGAACUGGGCACCCGCACUACAUGGCCAACUCCGUUCUGGGACAGAUGUGGAUGGACCUGCUGAGAUGGAGAGGGAGGGGCAGCCACUGCCCGUUCAGCCCCAGGGAGGACUCUAGAAACUACCAAGAGUGUACAUGCCCCGCUGUGGCUGCUGGGAAAAAUGCAUUGUCCAGGC